AUGACGUCUCUGUGGCUUGUGAACAAUGGACCCAUCAUAUACAAAGACUCAGCACAAAAUGUACACCCAUUCCUCUCACCACUCUACAAACCAAUAGAUCUCUGCACAAUGGCUUCACUCCUCCGGCAGCUCGUCGCAGGACCACGAUCACGACACCCCGAAGCAGGGCUCGAUCUCUGCUAUGUAACAGACCAAAUCAUCGCGACCUCCGGUCCCAGCGGUACAUACCCCCAGCGUGCAUAUCGCAACCCCUUAGACCAGCUGGUCAAAUUUUUAGACUACAAGCACGGCGAAGACUGGGCAAUAUGGGAGUUCCGGGCGGAGGGAACAGGAUAUCCUGACGAGGAGGUGUACGGACGAGUAUGGCAUUAUCCAUGGCCAGAUCACCAUCCCCCGCCGUUCAGGCUGGUGCCCAUGAUUAUGGCCGGGAUGAGGAAUUGGUUGAAUGAGAGCGAGGGGAAGACCAUGGUGGAAGGUAAGGAUGGGAAGAUGGUCGAGAGGAAAAGAGUGGUGGUUGUGCAUUGUAAAGCUGGGAAAGGGCGGAGUGGGACUAUGGCGUGCAGUUAUCUGAUCAGCGAGUGCGGCUGGACACCUGAAGAAGCCCUUGCACGGUUCACAGAAAGAAGGAUGAGACCUGGAUUCGGCCAAGGUGUGAGUAUACCCAGCCAGCUUCGAUGGGUAGGCUAUGUGGACCGGUGGACGAAAUCUGGAAAGAUCUACGUCGAGAGACAGAUUGAGAUACUAGAAGUCCAUGUUUGGGGACUUAGGGACGGCGUCAAGGUACAAGUGGAGGGUUUCGUGGAUGAAGGCAAGACAAUCAAGCUCUUCCACGUCUUUACCAAGAAAGAACGAGUAGUAAUAGAAGGCAACACUCCCGGCGGAGGAGGCUUCACAGACAUGAUCUCAGACAUGGCAGGCUACCAAAACGAAAGCACAGUCAGCAAAUCCAAGAGCGCAGACCAGCUCGGCUCCAUGCCAGCACCUCAAACAUCAACCCAGAAAGAAACCACCAGCUCCACCCCUACCAGUAUCGAAGACACAGGCGCCGAAAGCGGCGGCUCAGCUGUAAUCUUCAAACCCUCAAAACGAGUCAUCCUCCCCUCCAGCGACGUCAACAUUGACUUCGAGCGCCGGAACAAAGCAUCCAUGGGAUGGACGAUGGUCACAGCCGUAGCGCAUGUCUGGUUCAACUGUUUCUUUGAAGGCAACGGCCCAGAACAACGUGGCAAGCCCGACGAUAACGGCGUAUUCAAUAUCGAAUGGGAUAAAAUGGAUGGUAUCAAAGGCUCUAGCCGGAAAGGAGCCAGAGCAUUCGACCGCAUGUCGGUGGUCUGGAAAGCAUAUGAUCCGAUCCCUGGACAGCAAGGUGCGGGAGAAGAUGUUAUAACCGAGCCUGGCGUCAAUUCCCCUGUUCCACAAAUGGCGCCAGCGGACUGGAAAGGCGGGAAUAAGACAGAGCCAGGUCUAGGCAAAAAUCUGGGCCUGCGAACGGAAAGCCCAGCUAGUGCGGAUGUCAGUAAAGCGAGUAGCAUGAUGAGCAGCGGUCCCAACGACGACAAUGACUCCGAGGAAGGCGUCAGGUUGAGUGGACCGGGUGGAGAAGACGAGCUUGACAUUGACGAGAAAGAAAUUGAUGUGAAGGAUCUGCCGCAGCCGGAAUCUAAUGGUUCCCAGCCUACAGUUAGGGCUGUAAAUGCUGGUUUGGAUACAGCUUCUAGUACGACGCCAAAUCAAGGCUUGGAUGGGCAAAAUGACACCGUUCCUCGGAUCCAGGAACCAAUCCCACAGCAUCCAGCACUAGUAGCUAAAGCAGCAACAAUAGACACUGCUGCUCUCCCAGGUGGUCUACCUGCGGAUCAGCUACGAGACGCCAAGCCACACGGCAUAGGACAUUUACAAUUGAAUAAGAAGACCAUCGAUUCGUGAUCAUGGUUACUGCUAUGACCCAGGUCCGCCUAUGCAUUGGUCGCAGAGCCUGAACGUGUUUUCAUUACUUCUUGUAAGCAUUAGAGGUUGGUUUGUGGGAUACGGAGAAUCACUAAUGUGCGACCCGGGGCAUUUGGAUGAUGGUGGCUGAUGAAUGAUGCAUUGCGAGGGAGCGGAAUUAUAAGAUACCAGGCAAAGAUAUAUGCAUGCAGUGGGGCGUUUGAGGAGGCUGUUUGGGUGUGAUACACAAACGUAAUUGCAAGCAUGGUUCAAUCACAACAUGCAUCUGUGGCUAAGCGAGAACGUAAACAAAGCCCUUUUGCCAUGCCCAAACCUCGUCUAUUGAAGUAUGUGGACGAUACUAUUCAGGCCCCUCACCAAAGACACUACUUAACACAUAAUGACGCACUUCGGCG